AUGACUCCCACGCCCUCUCGAUCGACCAAGGCCAACGGUCUGGCAUCGUUGGCCUGUACGGAGUGUCGCAAACAACAUUUGAAAUGCGACGCCGGGAGACCGUCUUGUGCGCGAUGUGUGCAAGGUGGGACACUAUGCCAGUAUUUGCCUUCGCGACGGGGCGGUCGCCGACGGGCUCGCGACUCGCCCUAUCACCAAUCCCGCUCGGUCCCGAGCGCGUUGGGUGAUAUUUCUAGUGCACGAUACCCGACAAUGGGCUCCGUGCUGCAAAUUCACCCCAAUGCGCAGACGCACACCCCUGACAAUACCCCGUCGGAGCGAAUCGGGGACUCGGAUUUGUCCAGCAUCUCCACCGACCAGAUCCCGUGGCCCACGAUGCUGCCUCCAAGCGUGUCCGGUUCAAAUUAUACCGAGCAGCCCGGUCGGUCCUGGACAGACGAUGACCGUUUACCGCGCCUCUAUUAUGAGAACUUCCACGCCGCGCAUCCCGUGCUGGUGCCGAGUACCGCAUACAACGACCGGAACUAUCCACAGUUCCUGCAGCUUGUGGUGAAUUUUGUGGGCUCCAACUAUGUCCCCUCGAGUCCCAGCCAGGAGUUCAAAGCCCAGAUUGCUGCCGAGUUGGCCAACAGCAACGACCGGUCCCCGUGCAUGGUCCAGGCCUGUCUGAUUUACUCGAUUGCCCUCUACGCUCGCAACGAAUGGCCGGAAGCCCAAGAUGCCUUUGCGCGCAGUCUGGAGCUGGCCUUGGAACUGGGCAUGAAUCGGUCGGAUUUCGCCUUGUCCGCGCAUCCGGAGCAGUCCGUCGACGCGGAGAGCAUGCGCCGGACAUGGUGGGAGCUGUAUGUCACCGACAUCUACCGGGCGGUCACCUUCAAAUCGAAUCCUAUCCGUUGCAGUGCCGUCUCGGCCGAGGUGUCCCUCCCCUGCGAGGAAUCCAUCUACAAUGGGGGUGGUGAUAUUCCCAAGCCGCGCAUGAUCCUCGACUUUCGGCGGCGCAUCUUCGCCGCCGAUGACGAUCUGUUUUCCUCGUUUAGCUACCGGAUUGAGGCCGCGAUGAUCUUAUGCCGGGUGUUGGUGCUCAAUCGGCUCCGAGACUGUCAUCGCGACCACCUGCAGGCCGUCGAGAAUGCGUUGGUCAGUUGGAUCAACCAUUUGCCCCCCAAGAAACUGGACAUUGUCGACUGCUACGGCAAUGUCGACGAAAUGAUGUUCCAGGCGCAUUUGACCAUUUCCUACGCCGCGAUGUUGCUUCAUCUACCUCGGAGCGACUUGCAGCCCGUUCUGCAGGAACCCGACGAUCGCUUCUGGCCGGGUGCGUCUGCCCAGUUCUCCUCGACCUUCACCCGCUUGGUGCACAGCAUCAAGUCGACCGAGGCGUCGAGACGGGUGUCAGAUUUGAUUUCGGUCUGCCCCAACGUGCAAAAACAUACCCCAUUCGUCAUCCCGGCCUUGGCACUGUGCGGCAUGAUCCAGAUCGCCACGUCCAAAAGCCACUCCGAGGAAUGUUUCGACCAUCACUGCAAUCGUGUAACCCUCGUGCUCGGUUGUUUGAAAAGCACGAAACGGACGUGGUCCGUGGCCGAGACAGCAUACGAUUGUCUCCGGUCAUCCGCCGCGGAGGUAUUGUCGCGCUCAAUGGACCGGUGGAAUUCAGAGCCACUGAACAGGCUGAUCCCCACCGAACCCGCGCCUAAUGGACCCGAACGGCCCAGCUCGGGCGGUCGACCCGCCUUGCGUACGAUGGAUGGGAGUGAAUUCAUGCCCCCCGACUUGGCCCCCGCGUUCAUCGACCCCACCUGUUACAAUGCCUCCUUUUUCAGUCCCGUUCCAACGUUUGAUCUAAGCUAG